UUGGCUAGUUCCCCGCGCUCGGCUGACGCUGCAGCUGCCGGCACAGCGUCCAAUCAGCGGGCGCCGCGUUCCGGCCUGUGCGCGAGAGACCUGCCGCCGCCGCUUCACCCGCAGCGCGAGAGUCAGAGACAGGCAGCGCACACAGCGGGCACGGAGCACCGGGAGGGGCGGACACAGCUGUGUAUAGUGUGUGAAGAGCUACCUGGACAAUGGGGCUUUCAACACGGAUUGCCAUAUUACUGCUGCCGUUCUGCCUGCUGGCAUUCCUGGCCACCCACACAGAGUCUGUGGCAGUCAUGUCUGUGGAUUUGGGCUCUGAAUGGGUGAAAGUUGCCAUUGUCAAACCUGGAGUUCCUAUGGAAAUUGUGCUGAACAAGGAAUCAAGGAGGAAAACCCCUCUUGCUGUUACAUUGAAAGAUAACGAGCGUCUGUUUGGUGAUAGCGCUGUAGGAAUGGCAGCUAAGAACCCCAAAGUGACUUUUCGCUACUUCCAGGACUUGUUAGGGAAGCGAGCAGAGAACCCACAAGUUGAGGCUUUUAAAAAUAGGUUCCCAGAGUACAACAUUGUGGCGGAUGAGCAGCGCGGCACAGUUCUAUUCAAGCUGUCAGAGGAACUGAGCUAUUCACCCGAAGAGUUACUGGCAAUGAUGCUGAACUACUCCAGAUCCUUGGCUGAGGAAUUUGCAGAGCAACCCGUUAAGGAUAUUGUGAUUACGGUUCCUGCCUUCUUUAACCAGGCGGAGCGCAGAGCAGUUCUCCAAGCUGCUCAGCUUGCUGGUCUUAAAGUGCUUCAGCUUAUAAAUGAUAACACGGCAGUGGCUCUGAAUUAUGGGGUCUUCCGGAGGAAAGAUAUAAAUUCCACUGCCCAGACCAUUAUGUUCUAUGACAUGGGAUCAAGGAGUACAACAUGCACCAUUGUGACUUAUCAGACUACAAAGACUAAAGAUUCCGGGACGCAACCACAGCUACAGGUUCUAGGAGUUGGGUUUGACCGUACACUUGGUGGGCUUGAGAUAGACUUGAGACUUCGGGACCGUUUGGCCGUGCUGUUCAAUGAACAGAAGAAAUCCAAAAAAGAUGUUCGGGAGAACCCCAGAGCAAUGGUUAAGCUUCUGAAGGAGGCGAACCGUGUAAAGACCAUUCUGAGCGCCAACAAUGACCACAUGGCGCAGAUCGAGGGUCUUAUGGAUGAUAUUGACUUCAAAACUAAGAUGACUCGUCAAGAACUAGAGGAUCUGUGUGCCGAUCUCUUCAAUAGGGUGUCCGCUCCCGUGCAGAAAGCUUUGCGCAGUGCGGAGCUGACGCUGGAUCAAAUUGAUCAGGUGAUCAUUGUGGGUGGUGCCACUCGUGUCCCCAAAGUCCAAGAUCUGCUGCUCAAAGCUGUGGGCAAGGAGGAGCUCUCGAAGAACAUCAAUGCAGAUGAGGCAGCCGCUAUGGGCGCUGUAUAUCAGGCAGCUGCUCUCAGCAAGGCAUUUAAAGUCAAGCCGUUUGUUGUGCGAGAUGCUGCGUUUUAUCCAAUACAGGUGGAGUUCACUCGGGAGCUGCAAGAAGAAAACAACGUAAAGAGCAUAAAGCACAAUAAGAGAGUCCUCUUCCAGAGGCUGGCCCCAUACCCACAGCGCAAAGUGAUCACCUUCAAUCGCUACACUGAUGACUUUGACUUCAACAUCAACUAUGGAGACCUCAGUUUCUUGGACCCUGAGGAGCUGAAGAUUUUUGGUUCUCUGAAUCUCACUACUGUUAAACUCAGUGGGGUUGGGGAAAGUUUUCAGAAGAAGUCUGACUAUGAGUCCAAAGGCAUCAAGGCCCACUUCAACAUGGAUGAAAGCGGAAUACUCAGUCUUGACAGGGUGGAAGCUGUUUUUGAGACUGCAGUGGAAGAAAAGCCAGAAAUAGAAUCUACGUUGACAAAGCUGGGAAAUACCAUAUCAAGCUUAUUCGGAGGCGGAAGCUCCACCGCAGAGAAUAAGGAAAACGCUACAGACACUGUCCAGGAAGAAGAGGAAGUGCCAACUGAGGCGACAAAGGAGUAUGAUCAGGAGCAACCAGAGCCAGCAAGUGACGAGAAGGAUUCCGAUUCAGCAACUAAAGAGGAAGGCAAAAAGCAGGAGGAGAAGACUGAGGGAGAGAAGGUAGAGACCAAGGACACUAAAGACCAGGAUGAACCCGCAAAAGAGGGCGAUGCUGCAAAGACCCCAGAGGAAGAGCCCAAGAAACCUGUGCCUCCCAAGAAGCAGAAGCUGGUUGAUGAAAUUGGAGCAGCACAGACAGUAAACGAUAUACCAGAUCUGCCAGAGGAGCAAAUGAAGACAUCUGCCAAGAAACUCCAGGAGCUCAGCGAGCGAGACUUUGAGAAACACGAGCGAGAAAAGGCCGCCAAUAGCCUGGAAGCAUUCGUAUUUGAGACACAGGAUAAGCUUGAGCAGAAGGAGUACCGCAAGGUCUCUACGGAGGAGCAGAGGGAGGAGAUCUCCAAUAAACUCAGCCAGGCUUCCUCUUGGCUGGAAGAUGAGGGAUACACGGCAACCACAAAGGAGCUUAAAGACAAGCUGAGUGAACUGAAGAAGUUGUGCAAGGCGUUGUUUUUCAAGGUCGAGGAGAGAAGAAAGUGGCCGGACAGACUGACGGCACUGGACAGUUUGCUUAAUCACUCCAGCAUUUUCUUGAAGAGUGCGAGAAUGAUCCCUCAGGACGAUCAGAUAUUCACAGAUGUUGAGCUGAGUACAUUAGAAAAGUUGAUCAACGACAGCUGGACUUGGAAGAAUGAAACCCUGGCAGAACAAGCCAAGUUAUCAUCCACAGAUAAACCUGUCCUGUUAUCCAAGGAUAUUGAGCAGAAACUGGGAGCUUUGGAUAGAGAGGUCCAGUACUUGCUGAACAAGGCCAAGUUCUCUAAGCCAAAACCUAAACCCAAGCCGAAAAGCAAUACCACCAAAUUGGAGAAUGGAGCGAAUACAACGGAGACCGAUGAAAAGGUUAUUCCCCCUGCAAAGGAGGGCACAGAAGAACCACCUAGUGAUCCUGAGCCUGCAAAGGAGCCUCCAGUACCAGAGGAGAAGAUUCUAGAGAUCGCAGGUUCAGAAUCAGAUUCAACGACGCAGGAAACUCCAGACGAGAAUCAGAAGACAGAGUUAUAGCCAACGUCAUCCUCCACCCGUGUUGGCAUCCAUAUUUAUUGACAUUACUUUUUUGUAAUGGACCCUUACGGUUUCAUACCAACUAAACUUUUUUUUUUUGAGGUUGAUAUUUCUCACACAAACUGCUAAUAAGAUGUACAUUUGUCCUGUCAGAGCAAACAUUAGAAUAUAUAUUUUUUUUUUCUCUUGUGUAUUUGCUGUGUUUUAUUGAACUCAGAGUGUACAUGGGGAAAAUACGGAAAUAUCACCAGAAAAGAGAAAAAAAAGCCCCUUUAGUCCAUGUUCUGUUUUCUUUUUGUCUGGUUCACUCAUUCAGGCAGUAUAGUACCUUUUUUAAUGUAACGCCUAACAGUUGUGGUCUUCACAGAAGCUCAGCAAUGCCAGGUUGUGUUAGAUAUUCGCUUUCUCAAGUGAAGAAACAUAAACCAAAUGUUUUUAUAAUAUGAUUACGUAAUUGUGAAUCGGACAGGAUCCUGUUAAGCACAGAUACGGGACACCACAUUCUCACACAAAGUUUUGGAUUUUGUGGUCCAACACUAUUGCCUGAUUAAGAAGACAAAGCAUCCUUACCUUUGGUGUUUUGGGGAGACCCCCGACCCCAUUCACCUACUCUGCAGAUAGAUCGGUGGCUUGUUUUGAGGGUCUUUCUUCACGCCCAUCCUUUUGCCCUCAUUAAAGAAUGGUCUGCUGAUGUGUACAGCACUGUUCUUUAAGACAGGGGUCAUUUGAAUGAUGAUUUUUAAAAUAAGGGGAGCACACUGCUGUCUUGCUGCAUCUUUAACAAGCCCUAACAUCCUAUUUACUUUGCGUGGGGAAAUGAAAUAAAUCCUACUGGUCCUUAGCACUUAUAAUAUCAGCACUACCCUUCAUUUCUGUGAAAGUAAGUGGGGCUGGGUUAUUUUUCUUGUAAGAGUCCCUCUCCUGUAUGUUCAUGGACUCUAAUAAAACACUUUAUUUAUAAUUGUCAUGUGGGUGUUUUUUUUUUUGUUUUUUUUCACUUUACAUUUUGCAGAGUAGUCUGAUUUGUCAGAAGUUAGAACAGCGCAGUCCACCAUUACACUGUGAGUAAUAUGUUAGUCAAUAUUUGACUAGUCACUGGAGAAAAAGAAGACUUACACAUUUACAGGACCUGACAUAUUUGCACCUAUUUUCUUGCAGUGGAAAUUCCCAAAUGCCAAAUUACGUCGUUUUGUAGAGUUGUUGGAGGAAAACGGUUGGAAAGGUCUUGCGUUUGAAAUUUGGUUUAACAGUUUGUGACCGGCGGUCAGGAGAUCACCAGUCACAAUGCCGACACCGGGAUCCCGGCAUCUGAAAAACCCAGCGGUCGGCAUGCCGACCAACAGGGGCUAUUCCCACUCUCUCGUGUCCACGACACCCAUAGGGGUCGAUUCAAUUCGGCAACUUAUGAAUAGCGCCGGGAAUUAGCUCCAGAUGCUAUUCAAUUCAGCUGCUAGUUACCCGCAAUUGUCGGGAAUUCUUCUCUCAUCCCCGGGGGGUGAGAGAAGAAAACCGACAAAAGUGCGGCCGGCGCGAGGCUGAUUCUGUCGGGAAUCAGCAUCGCCGCGGGUAGUUAAGUCGGAGAAUGCCCGUUCUCCCGACAAAAACUACCUGUUAAGUCGGCGAGAACAGGCUUUCGCCGACUUAACUUUAGCUGAAUUGAAUAGCGUCGGGAGCUAAUUCCCGGCGCUACUCAUAAGUUGCCGAAUUGAAUCGACCCCAUAGAGUGGAAACAGAACAUGUGGCGAGCCACCGAGCCUGGGAUCCCUGCGUCGUUAUUGUGACCGCCGGUAACACAUACCCAACCCAUUUGCUAAUACAUGUCUGUAAUAACAGCAACAUAUAUUUGUUUGUGGAAUGUUGCCCAAUUCUGCAGGUUUUUUUUUUUUUUUUUUAAAUUAAUUCAUUUGCUUACUUGACCACUUAUAGAAUUGUCAUGUUUCAUUAUGUUCAUGUGUGUGGGUUAUGUUUUUUCAUCUUUAGUUUCCUCUGCUGCUGGGUUUAUCAUUUUUGUUUUUUGCCAGUCUGUCUUAUUUUAAUUUUUUUGCUGGUUCUCGUUGUCUUACUGGUCACUGCCUCAUAUUUGAUCCACCUUACCAAAAUGUGUUGCCUAGUGGGUGGAAUAUGAGGUUGGGUUCUAAUUGCUUUCACAACCAAAGCAAAGUUGCAGAACCGGAGGUCAUAAAAAAAUGAAUCUGGACAAUUCUUUAGUCACAAGGUUCCUGAAUGUAUUGUAAAGACCGUUAUAAUUGCUUCUCCUUUGUGUUUGGAUUGGGAAAAUCAAUCGUUGGCUUUCCAAACCUCACAGGAAAGUCUGUAUUUUGUACAACCUGUGAGAGGUUCUCUGACUGCAUGGAAUAAGACAAUGGCUACUGAUGAAUUGCGUCCAAUUGCUCUUUCGUUACUUGUCCGUGCUGUUUUACCAUUUGACAGAUUCUAGGAAAAUAAUAAAAAUUCUUUAUAUUUCUGAA